GAGGACAUAAACAUUUGCUAGUGCGUAUGUUCUCUUUUUGUUGCUAAAGCAAUGUGUGUAUGUUCUCUCUCACACUUGUUUUUGUAAAAUUCUGUCCAUUCUAUAAAACAAAUAAAAUCUACUAAAAUCAACGAUUAAACAGGGUCACAUAUAUAUCUAACUCACGAAGAAUCUAAUGAUUAAAAAAAAACACUUGAGAGUUUAAGAAAUAUGGUUGUCUUCAAAGUAAGAAGUUUAUUAUGUGUAUAAUGGCUAUUUUUACAUACCAAGGAAUAUGUCAAUCUUGUUGCCGUUAACCUUUUUCCUAAAGGUAAUUAAGUUUUUCUUCCUUUAGAUUAAAAUUUUUGGAACAGAAGUGCAUGUUACAAGUCAUAAUUGGUGACCGACUGUGUGACUGACAUGUGGUUUCUCUCAAAUAAAUCAAUUGAACAAAAUUACCAAACCAAAACCGGUUUACAGAAAUGCACUGAAAAGUCGAUAUAAAGGGUUUAUCAGAAGCCAGAACCACGACGACAGACAAAACAUAAAAGAUGGAGGAAGAAAGAAAAAACACUAACUCGAUCUACAUAGUUCCCGAGCUACUGGAAGAAAUUUUCCUUGGAUUGCCGUUGAAAUCAAUCCUCAGAUUCAAAACCGUCUCAAAACAAUGGAGAUCAAUCCUGGAAUCGAAGUUGUUCGUGGAAAGGCGUAGGACUCUUCAAAAGAACCGCCGGAAAAUCCUGGCUGCGUACAACUGCAACUACUGCAGGCGGCCGAGUAUCCACCCUGAGUCUCGGUUCGAAGGGGAUGAAGAGAUCGUUUAUCUGCACUGCGACGCCGCGCAACCCUCGAUGACUUGCGACGGUUUAGUAUGCAUCACCGAACCUAGUUGGUUCAACGUUUUGAACCCCUCCACCGGACAACUCCGGCGAUUCCCACUAAAUAGAUGUUUGUUGUUGUCAAAAAAAAAAAAAAAAAAAUGAACGCAAGGAAAUUGGCUUUUGGGAUUCGGUAGAGACAAAGUUACGGGCAUGUAUAAAAUAGUGAGGUUGUGUUUUCGUGAUUUUUAUGAAUUUGGUAUUCUUGAUAUUGAAACUGGUGAAUGGAGCAAACUGAGGACACCUCCUUCAGUGUAUGUGAAUGGAUCAAUCUACUGGUUACAAAUUAGUGCGAGUUACAUAAUACUAGCCUUGGAUCUUCACAAAGAAAGCUACUAUGGUAUCCACCACCUUCCGGCUACGUGGGUCACGCAGGAAACCCAGUUAGUGAACCUUGAGGACCGUCUAGCCAUUGCCAUGACGACCAAAGUUGGGCCUGAGUGGAUACUAGAGAUCUGGAGCAUGGAUAUAGAAGGAAAAGGAUGGAGCAAGCGUUACUCAUGGAGCAAGACUUACUCCAUAAGUUUAGCCCAUAGAGUUGUUGUAUCCUGGCUAUGGCAGAGAAGGUGGUUCACGCCCGUGUCGGUUUCUAAGCAAGGGAAUCUUGUCUUCUAUGAUAAUCACAAGAGGCUGUUCAAAUAUUAUUCAGGUAGAGAUGAGAUUCGUUGUCUCUCCUCUAACAUUUGUGUUAUAUCUUCUUACCUUGAAAAUUUGGCCCCACUUCCGUUAAAACCAAGCCAUGCGGAUUCCAAGUUCAGCACAUCCAGUUGCCGCUUGUUCCCUACGCGAGGUUCUUGGAAAUUCAAAAUUUUGAGAAGGAACGUUAGUAUCCUAAAUGUUUUGUUUACCUCUGCUUAUUACCUCUCUAGGAGACUAGGAGUUACUUAGCGCUAGUGUCAAAAUCUAUUCUUUGGUUCAAGAUCUUGUCUUGCUAAUGCAUUAAAAAACAUCUUGGAUAUCAAAGUUUUGAAAAAGAAUGAAUUUG